AUGGCCGAACCCACGGAGCGCAACCCAAUUGUCUUCUUCGACAUCACUCUAGGAGGCGAGAAGCUUGGUAGGAUUCAGAUGGAACUGUUCAAAGACGUCGUCCCCAAGACCGCCGAAAACUUCCGUCAGUUCUGCACAGGCGAGACCAAAGAUGGUCGGGGAAAGCCUCAGGGCUACAAGAACUGCAAGUUCCAUCGUGUGAUCAAAGAUUUCAUGCUCCAGGGAGGAGACUUCAUAAACGGCAAUGGGACAGGUUCUCGCACCAUCUACGGGACAGAAAAGUUCGCCGACGAGAACUUCAACUUGAAGCACGACCAGCCUGGUCUUCUCUCUAUGGCGAAUUCUGGCCCAAACACCAAUGGCUGCCAGUUCUUCAUUACCACCGUGCGAACGCCUCAUCUCGACGGUAAACACGUCGUCUUUGGCAGAGUCAUCGAGGGCUUGGACGUCGUCAAGAAGAUCGAAAACACACGGACGAACUCGCAGGACGCACCGAUACAAGAGGUGUCCAUUGCCCAAUGCGGCGAAAUGUAG